CCCUUGACCCCACCUUUCCAUGCACUUCCGGAGUCCCUUGGCAAGCGCCAGAGCAUAUGCACAAUGGAAAGACCCGCAGACAACGUAUGGUCUUGAUACGUCAUGAUACGAUGUGGCCGUGAUGGAGAUACUAUAAGUAUAGGGCCUACCUUGCCUUCUCAGUCGAACAAUUACAAUCACAAUCUCGCAAACAGAACAACAAAUCACCACUUCAACUUUUCUCUUCAAUCAGAAAAAAAUACUCAAUAUGCCUUCUCCAUUCGGCGAAGUCCCGCAGCCCAAGUCUCUUCUUGACUUCCAGCGCGUCCUCUCGCCGACGGCGGCCGUCCGCGUCUCGCCAUUAUGUCUUGGAGCCAUGAACUUUGGCGAUGCGUGGGAGAGUAUGAUGGGAUCUUGUGACAAGAAGACAGUGUUUGAGAUUUUGGACUACUUCUACGAGCAGGGUGGAAACUUCAUCGAUACUGCCAACAACUACCAAAACGAAGAAAGCGAGAAAUGGGUGGGAGAUUGGAUGGCUGAUCGAAAGGUUCGCGAUCAAAUUGUCCUUGCGACGAAAUUCACCACGUUCUACCCGGAUCCAACCAACAAUCCCCCCCGUCAACGUAUCAACUUUGCGGGAAACAGCACAAAGUCGUUGAAAGCCUCGCUCGAGGCGUCGCUCAAGAAGCUGCAGACGGACUACAUAGACUUGCUCUACGUGCACUGGUGGGACAACACCACCAGCAUUCCGGAGUUGAUGCAAAGUUUGAACCACAUGGUGGCGAGCGGAAAGGUGCUGUACCUGGGAAUCAGUGAUACCCCGGCCUGGAUUGUCAGCAAGGCAAACGAAUACGCUCGCAACCACGGCCUCCGUCCCUUCAGCGUGUACCAGGGCCGCUGGUCCGCCGCCGACCGUGACUUCGAGCGCGAUAUCAUCCACAUGGCACGCGACGAAGGCAUGGCUUUGUGCCCCUGGGGCGCUCUCGGUGGAGGAGAUUUCAAGAGCGAGGAGCAGCGCAAGAGCGCCGAGAAGGGCCGCGACUUUGGCGAGGUUUCCGAAAAAGCAAUCAAAGUCUCCAGGAAACUCGAAGCCGUUGCAAAAGCAAAGAACACGCAGAUCACCAGUAUUGCGCUGGCGUAUGUCAGGAGCAAGUACCCGCAUGUGUACCCUAUUGUCGGCGGCAGGAAGAUUGAGCACUUGAAGGGAAACAUCGAGGCGUUGGCAUUGGAGUUGAGCCAGGAAGAGGUGGAUGAUAUCGAAUCGGCAGUCGAGUUUGACAUCGGCUUCCCAUUGAACUUGUUGUAUGAGAUGGGCGGGAGCAAGUACAAGACGACAAACACGAGCGAGGAUAUCUACUUGCUGGGCUUUGCGGGCAAGGUGGACUGUCUGCCGGUUCAGGGCGGGCCAAAGCCUCGUCAGUUGUGAGGGAUGAGGGGUUGGCUUCGUAUCUCAUGCCGCACUUAGUUGUGGAUUUGUAUAGGAAAUAGCUCUCACAAAACAAUGAUUAAACGUGAUGAACUAUCUUGUCAAUGGC